AUGAAAGACAAGCAGAAAAACACUACUAACAAAGAAAAGUAGACAAAGUUAGACGUGAAAUCCACUCUUGAUCAACUCUUUAAAAAGAAACAAAUAUCUAAAUUAUCUUCCAAAGAGGAACAUAAAUCAGCUGAUAGUAAUAAAAAUUCAGAGGAUAUUGAAUAAUCUAGCAUCUCCAAAGAAGAAAAAAAACUCAAACAAGAAAAAAAACUUAAAAAAUUAAAGAAAUUAUAGGAAUAAAAAAUGAAGGAAGAGAGGAAAGAAAUUAGGGAUAAGGAGAAAUCAAAGAACAAGUUUACUGAGGAUGGGUUGAGAGUGUAUAGCAUGGAUGAACUCAAAAUAGGAAAGGGUGGUAAUAGUGCUGAUUGCCCUUUCGAUUGCGAAUGCUGCUUUUGA